AUGGAAACUGUCAAUGUCACCGAAUUGGUGGAGCGCCUGGGAAGCGAUGAAGAUGCCGUGCGCAAAAUGGCCGUCUUCAAGCUCCAGAGCAAUAUCGGAGACCCAUCCUUCGCGGACAUCUUCAUCGCAGAGGGAGGCCUGGUCCGAUUACGCUACCUCACCAUUCACGCAAACGGCAAUACCUUAGCAUACAGUCUGACCAGUUUCUCACGGUUGCUCGAUGUCGACAAGGGAUGGGAGUGUGUUGAUCAGGAGCUGGUUGAGCGCAUUGUCGAGCUGAUAGUCACCCACCCCCUGGUCAACAUCCUCCGCGGCGCCAUGUCCAUUCUCGUCUCCAUCGUCUCCCACUCGCAUAUCGGAAACCGCUCCGCUCAAUCGGACAACUUUGGAUUCCGCGCCCUAAAGCCCGCAAUUGCCAUAUACCCCCAGUUCCUAGAGAUGCUCGUCAGUCGGUUGUCCUCCGCGGACCAUGCCCUGUGUGCUAAUGCGCUCCAAUUGAUCAACUCGCUCAUGCGCGACUCAAUUACCAAUGACUCCGAGGGGGAGUGGCCCAAGUUUAUACAGAAAUUGCAGGACUUGGGCGUUAUUCGGGCGGUCUACGUGCUGAUGCAGGAUUCGGCUCUUCAAGAUCUGGCGCAUCCACUACUUGAGUUUCAAUCUCUCACGAAGAUCUUGCUACGGAAGUGGAGGGAUAUACCAGUCAACCAGGAGAAGCCUGAGCAUCGCCGUGCGCUAAAGGGGAUCCACUUGGCCAGUCACCCGGAGAAGACCCCAGAUGCGGCUACAGAGAAUGGCGAAGAUACGCGACGCUCCAGACGACAUCAUCCAGAAAAGUGGAGACGGCUUGGGUUUGAGACGGAAAGCCCGGCGACGGAGUUCUACGAGGUCGGAUUCCUGGGUAUGAUGGAUCUGGCGGACUACGUUCGCAGUCAUGGUGAUGAGUUCCAAAAUAUGCUCCUGGAACAGUCUACGAAGCCAUCACGGCAACGGUGUCCGAUUGCUCGUGCAUCGUUGGCGGUAACAUCGAUCUUGUACGAGCAUUUCGAGGUCGACAAGUCCGACACGGAUGACAGCAAAACAUAUCUCAUCUCAGAGUCCCGCUCGAGCUUUGAUAAAUUGUUCCAACCUUUGCUAUUACAUUGGACCCGGCUACAUGUCGCAGGCUUGCAGGCCUUCUUCCGCCUGUGGAAGGCGACUGCCGCCGAGGAAGAGGACUUGGACAAGAUCAUUGAGCUCGUGCGCAUCCUCGUUGAAUCCGUGGUUGGCGGAGCUGCCCGGAUCAAGGAUAUACAGGAUGUCGAAGAGGAAUUGGCGGAUUUCGAGUACCACAGACUGCGCGGGUUACAGAUGGAACUCCUUGAACUUACAUACGAAGAUGCAUGGGGCCAACAUUUGCGGCAAGUGCGUGAGGAACUUCACCACGAGGCACUACAGUUCGUCAAGGAGCAACGAAUCCGAUGCCUGCUCCAGGGUAGCUGGUUUGCUCUGGACUCCCCCAAGUCUGAGUCGGGGCCAAAGUCUACCGCGACGUACCAAUACGCCCAACUCUCUCAUAAUCGACGAUAUUUACAUUUCGGUAAAUUUGACCUGAUGGGUGACCGAGCUCCGGAGUUGGACACCCUACCAGAGAAAAUUGAUCUAUCACUUGUAUCAUCCGUGGUCUCCAACGUCUCUACAACCCCAGACCACUCCUCCUCGGCGACGGUCAAGACCGCUGCUCGACCUGCAACUAAAAUUACCAUCCAUGGCUAUGCAUCCUCACCUACCACUGGGCACGGCAGGGCCCAAGGCCGGCCCAGCAGCAGGUCCACCCAGAAAGAGAUAGUCAUGCUUACGCUGCGACCUUCCUCGCACAGCAUUGCAUCGGAGUGGUUGGACGGUUUGCUGAUGCUCCUCAACCAGCAACCCAUCACAGCAGAGACAACCAAAUUGAUUGACUUGGUCAGCAAUUAUGGGUUGAAAAUCCGCCUGCUCAAUGUAAGAUUUGACGAUGCCACUUUCGCAGGCGAGGCUCCUAAAGUUCCAUCGAGAGAUGACUUGGAUGAAGAUUAUUACUACGAUGUGUUUGGAGGUGCAUAG